AUGCCCGCCAAGCGACGUUUAAGCCCGGAACUCCUAAACGUCCAGAGAGCCCCCAAACGACAGGAAGGAACUCCGGAAUUGACGGCGGUGCCCUCGUUUCCGCCCCGCCCGCCAGCUCUUCCGGCUCCGUUCUUUCCACCGGCCGGUGACCCCGGUGACCGAAGCUGCGCCGAUGAGGCCGGCUUAGACGUGGCCAUACAUUUCUCUCAGGAGGAGUGGGGGCUCCUUGAUGAGGCUCAGAGACGCCUGUACCACCAUGUGAUGCUGGAGAACUUUGCGCUUCUCUCAUGACUAGGUUGUUGGCAUGGAGCCCAGGAUGAGGAGCCAUCUUCAGAGCGAGGUGUUUCUAUAGAAGUGUCACUGGCCAGGACGCCAAAGCCAGGUCCCUCCAUCUGGAACGCCCAGCUCUGUGAGACGUGCAGCUCACUCUUGAAAGACAUUUUGUCCCUGGCUGAGCAGGAUGGAAUGCACCCUGGGCAAGGACUAUACACUUGUGAGGCAAAGCUUUGCCAGCACCAAAAACGUCACAUUAGAGAGAAACUUUGCAGAAAGGACAAGGGGAGGCCUUCAUUUGUGAAAAACUGCACUGUCCACAUGACACAGAGGACCUUCACAUGCAGGGAAGGUGGGAAGGACUUCCCAGCCAGCACAGGCCCUCUCCAGCACCAGCCUCCUCAUGGUGUGGGAAAGCCACAUGGGGACAUUGCAGAUGGAGAGGCCUUUCAGAAUGGGCAAAGUGAUUACAAGUGCACUCAGUGUGGGAAAGCCUUCAGCCAUAAACAUACACUUGUUGACCAUGAGAAGAUCUACACUGGAGAAAAGCUUUAUGAGAAUAGGGAAUGUGGGAAGGCCUUUCUUAGAAAGUCCCACCACGAGCAGCAUCAGAAAGUCAGCACUGAGCCUGGGCUUUAUGAGCACUCAGAAUGUGGAGUAUUCUUUACAGAAAUAUCUGGCCUCAGUGACCACCAGAGAAUUCACACAAGGCCAAGGCCUUUUGAGUGCAGCCUUCCUUAGACUGCCCAACUCGUUGGUCACCAGAAAAUCCACACUGAAGAAAGACCUUAUGGUUGUAGUGAGUGUGGAAAAUUCUUUAGGAACUGUUCCACACUCAUUAGACACCAGAGAGUUCACACUGGAGAAAGGCCUUUUGAGUGCACUGAAUGCGGAGAGCCUUCACCUGCAAACAUAGGCUUGUUGAGUACCAGAAAAUCCACAGUGGUGAAAAGACUUGAGUGUAGAGCAUGUGGGAAAGCUUUCAGCCACAAAGACAAAGUUGUUGAGCACCAGAAAAUCCACACUGGAGAAAGGCCUUACGAGUGCAGCGAAUGUGGGAAAUUCUUUAUGGACAGCUCCUCACUCAUUAUUCAUUAGAGAAUUCACACUGGACAAAGACCUUAUGAAUACGGCAAAUGUGGGAAAAAAAUUUUUUAAAUUUAUUUAUUUAUUUUUGGCUGUGUUGGGUCUUCGUUGCUGCACGCGGGCUUUCUCUAGUUGCGGGGAGCGGGGGCUACUCUUCGUUGUGGUGCACGGGCUUCUCAUUGUGGUGUCUUCUUUUGUUGCCAAGCACGGGCUCUAGGGCGCGCAGGCUUCAAUAGUUGCGGCGCACGGGCUCAGUAGUUGUGGCUCGUGGGCUCUAGAGCUCAAGCUCAGUAGUUGUGGCACACAGGCUUAGUUGCUCCACAGCAUGUGGCAUGUUCCUGGAACAGGGCUCGAACCCGUGUCCCCUGCAUUGGCAGGUGGAUUUUUAACCACUGUGCCACGAGGGAAGCCCCAAAUGUGGAAAAUUCUUUAGGUACCACUUCACCCUUAUUAGACAUCAGAGAAAUCAUACUGGAGAAAGGCCUUAUGAGUGCAUCGAUGUAGGAAAUCCUUUUGUUGCAGCUCCACACUCAUUAGACAUUGGACAAAUCCCACUGGAGAAAGGCCUUAUUAGUGCAGCUAAUGAGGGAAAUUUUUGUAGUAAAACUCCAGAGUCAGUACACACUAGCGAGUUCACGUUGAUGUGAGGCCAUAUAAGAACAGCGAAUAAGGGAACAUCUUCACAUACAACUCUGGUCUUGUUAAACACUGUUGAAUUUACACUGGAGAAAUGCCUUCUGAGUGCAGUGGAUGUUGGAAAGUAUAUAGCCAAAACUUCCAUUCAUUUGGCUCCAAAAAGUUCACACCAGAGAAAGAACUUAUGAAGGAAGCAAAUGGGGAAAGGACUUCAGCCGAAAGUCUGCUCUGAUUGGCACUGUGAAGUACAUAUUAUGUACUUCUGGGGUUUUUUUUUUUUUCCUUCUUAUUGUGUUAAAAUACACACACAUAAAACUUGCCAUCUCUUAAGUAUUUUAGUGUGCCGUUCAGUACUGUGAGGUACAUUCACACUGUUGUGCAACCUAAUCUCCAGAGCUCCUCUUGUUUUGCAAAAAUGAAACCCUGUACCCAUUAAAUAACAACUCCUACUCCUCUCCUUCUCCAGCCCCUGGCAACCACUGUUCUCUUCUCUAUCUCCUUGAAUUUGAGUGCCCUAGCUGCCUCAUGUAAGAAGAAUCAUACAGUUUUUAUAUUUUUGUGAAGACUUCAUUUACCAGAAUUUCACAUUUCAUGUAUCACGUGUCCUGUUUCAGCAGUCCCUUCCUUUUUAAGGCUGAGUUAUACUUCAUUGUAUGCAUUUACCACAUCUUUAUCCAUUCAUCUGGUGAUGAAGACUUCCCUUGUUUCGAUAUUUUAGCUGUUGUAAAGAGUGCAGCUGUGAGAACGACUGCACAAAUAUCUCCUUGAGAUCCUGUUUUCAGUUAUUUUCAGUGUAUAGCCAGAAGUGGAAUUAGUGGAUCAUAUGGUCAAUUUUUUUUUUUUUUAAUUUUUGGCUGCAUUGGGUCUUCAUUGCUGCACGCGGCCUUUCUCUAGUUGUGGAGUGCGGCCUUCUCAUUGCAGUGGCUUCUCGUUGCGGAGCACCAGCUCUAGGCGCAUGGGCUUCAGUAGUUGUGGCUUGCAGGCUCAGUAGUUGUGGCUCACGGGCUCUAGAGCGCAGGCUCAGUAGUUGUGGCGCACAGGCUUAGUUGCUCCAUGGCAUGUGGGAUCUUGCCGACCAGCGCUCGAAUCCGUGUCCCCUGCAUUGGCAGGCAGAUUCUUAACCACUGCACCACCAGGGAAGUCCCCAAUCUAUUUUUAAUAUUUUGAACUGUUUCCUUUAUUGGCUGUACCAUUUUAUGCUCUCAUCAAAGGUCCACAGAGUUCCAGUAUCUCCACAUCCUCAUCGACAUAAUUUUAUUUUCUGUUUCAUGUUUAAUAGUAGCUAUCCUAAUGGAUGUGAGGUAAUAUCUCACUGUAGUUUUGUUUAUUUUAGUUUACUUUUUCUUUUUUAUGGCUGCAUCGGGUCUUAGUUGCGGCAUGCGGGCUCUUUGUUGUGGCACAUGGGCUUCUCUAGUUGUGGCAUGCAGAUUUUCUCUUCUCUAGUUGUGGCCCGUGGGCUUCUCUCUAGGUGUGGUGUGCAGGUUUUCUGUUCUUUAGUUGUGGCCCGUGGGCUCCAGAGUGUGUGGGCUCUAUAGUUGUGCAUGCAGGCUCCAGAGCGUGUGGGCUCUGUAGUUUGCAGCAUGCAGGCUCUCUAGUUGAGGAGCGCGAGCUCAGUAGUUGUGGUGCGUGGGCUUAGUUGCCCUUUGGCAUGUGGGAUCUUAGUUCCCCAACUAGGGAUCGAACCUGCAUCCCCUGCAUUGCAAGGUGGAUUCUUUACCAUUGGACCACCAGGGAAGUCCCCUCACUGUAGUUUUGUUUAGCAUUUCCCUAAUGAUUAAUGAUCAUAUCUUCUUGGCCAUUUGUGUAUAUUCUUUGUAAAAAUCUCUAUGUUUACCCCUUUAAAAUUUUUCUUAUUGGUGAGUUGUAGCAGUUCUUUAUAUGAUCUGGAUACUGACCACUUAUCAAAUAUAUGAUUUGCAAAUGCUUUUCUUCCAUUCAGUAGCUUGCCGUUUCACUCUGUUGAUUGUGUCCUUUGCACAGAAGUUUGUACCUUUAUCUAUUUUUGCUUUUGUUUCCUAUGCUUUUCAUGUCAAUGCCAAGAAGUUAUAAAUCCAAUGUCAUGAAGCUUUUCCCCUAUGUCUUCAUCUAAGAGUUUUUGAGUUUACAUCGUACUGUCAGGUCUUUGUUCAUUUUGAGCUCAUUUUUGGGUGUGGUGUAAGGUAAGGGUUCAACUUCAUUCAUUUGAAUGCAGAUAUCCACUGUAAUUUGUUGGAGAGACUGUCCUCCUCCCAAUUCCUCCUUGAAUUGUGUUGGCACUCUUGUUGAUUAUUUGAUCAAAUAUACUGGCUUCCAGUUCUGGGCA